AUGUUCAAAAUCAUCCUGCUUUCUUUCUUUCUUACUUUCUUUCUUUCUAUGUGCCGUGUCUUUUCCGAACCUUUUUGCAAUGGCUGCUUGUCCAUUCUCUCUCUCACUGUACUGUCUUUCUCUCUGUCUCUGUCUCUCUCUGUCUGUCUGUCUUUUUUUCUCUCUCUCUCUGUACUCUCUCAAUUUCACCAAACUUGUGAUCCACGUAAGAUUACGUUAUGCCAAGAAUCUAUCUAUCUAUCUAUCUAUCUAUCUAUCUUAGUAUCUUCAUUAUCUAUCUAUCUAUCUAUCUAUCUAUCUAUCUUAGUCUCUUCAUUAUCUAUCUAUCUAUCUAUCUAUCUAUCUAUCUAUCUUAGUCUCUUCUAUCCUAUCUAUCUAUCUAUCUAUAUCUACCUAUCAUCUAUCUUAUCUAUCUAUCUAUCUAUCUAUCUAUCUAUCUAUCUAUCUAUCUCUUCUUAUCUAUCAUUAUCUUCUAUCUAUCUAUCUAUCUAUCUAUCUAUCUAUCUAUCUAUCUAUCUAUCUAUCAAGAGGAUAAUUUCUCGAAACACUACUCUUAACUAG